ACCGGGGGUGCCGUGAUGGGGCUGCUGGGAUCCCAUCAGCCCCAGCACAAAGAGGAAUGCAACGAGCACAUGGUUCCCAUUAGCUCUGGAGAUUUUUUUUUUCUUUUUCGCGUUGUUUUUUAUGAUUAUUACUUUUUUUCCCCCCUAUUUUCUGCAGCUUGGCCGGGAAGGAGGAAAACCAGCAGCUCCUGCGGGCGAGGAUUUGAGCGGCUGGGCGAAGGCUGGCAGCGCCGGAGCCCGUUUGGGGUUUUGCCGGAGGGGAGGGAGGGAAGGAGGGAGAGAAGCUGCUUGGGGUUUUUUCCUUUUUAAUCCCUUCCCCUGCUUGAGUCAGAGGCUGAAGUCACCAGCGUGCACGUCCCAAAGCUUUUCACCCACUGCGGGAAGACUGGCCACCCCCCCAAAGGAUGCACCGACACCCAUGAGCAGGAUUUUGGAGGAGCAGAGACACCCCGUGCUGGGGCAUGAGACCAGGAAACUCAUCACACAGGUCCGGCCCCUCCGCGGCUUCCACGAUGCUGCCGGGGAAAGCAGAGAAGAGGAUCGCUUCAUCAGUCUUCAUCACCCUGGUGCCACCGCGGAGGGAGGUGGUCACCAAGGGGAAAACCCAAAGGGAGCUGCAGCCUGACAGAGCCGAGGUCCCGGGCACCCAUCACCCCCGGACCCCACCGCCGCAACCCCCCGCGUUGCCCAACGGAGAAACCCGCUCAGUGGCCCCUGUGCCUUCCUCUUCACCGGUCCUCAUCCUCUCUGAACCACCCCAGCCCUUAUCUGCAGAGGCACUGGGUCCGGCGCUGCAGCAACUGGACCUUGCAGCACCCGCCACCCGCCAGGUGAGGAUGAUGGGGUGCAAUCAUCUUCAGUUUUCCCACCUGCAAGAGCAUAAAUGUAAUGUGCCUUUGCCUUUCCCCUCUCACCAGGCCCCUUCCACCUGUCCCGCCGAAUUGAGACCACCCAAAUUUUGCCAGGAGCAAGCAGGCAACCUGCAGUGGCAGGAUGCAAACGGGUACCCGGAGAGGGACAGCUCCAGGGACAUCUGCGCCUUCUGCCACAAAGCCUUGGGAUCCCGGGAGCCGACGGUGGAGGCGAUGCGGAAGCAGUACCACGCCGACUGCUUCACCUGCCGGACCUGCCACCGGCUCCUGGCCGGCCAGCGCUACUAUCAAAAAGAUGGGCGCCCCACAUGUGAUGCCUGCUACCAGGUCACGCUGGAGAAAUGCACCAAGUGCCGGGGGCUGAUCGCAGAGCACAUCGUCCGUGCCCUGGGCAAGGGCUACCACCCCGGCUGCUUCUCCUGCACCGCCUGCGGCCGGGCCAUCGGCGCCGAGAGCUUUGCUGUGGGCGAGCGGGACGAGGUGUACUGCGUGGCUGACUUUUACAGGAAAUACGCCGUGGUCUGCAGUGCCUGUGAGCACCCCAUCAUCCCCCAUGAGGACAAAGACACCUACAAGAUCGAGUGCCUGGGACGCAGUUUCCAUGAGAGCUGCUACCGCUGCGAGAGCUGUGGGACACCCCUGUCACCAGAGCCAACGGAGAACGGGUGCUACCCGCUGGAUGAUCACCUCCUCUGCAAGUCCUGCCACGUCCGCUGGCGAAACGAGUCGUCCUGCUAAAACCCCACGGCUCAACCUCCGUCUUCCAGCGUGGGACACCAAAAAGGGGGGGUGCACCUACUGGGAUGCACCCUGCAACCAGUGUCGGGUGCCCACUGCACCCCCAAAUUGCUGCAGGACUGGAAUUUCCAUCACCAACGUGUACCUGAGACCCCGACCCACUGGGCUGGCCGGGCAGAGAAGCACGGAUAUAGCGUCCCAGCACAGCUCUGUGCUUGUUACGAACAUAAAAAGCCCUGGCAGAGCAGUGGUGGUGGAGGAACUGAGGUUCUGUUCAUUCAUUUCUUUUUUAAAACUCCUUUUUUGAGGCCGGUUUGGUUUCCUUGGGUGUUUUUUCUCUCUUCUCAAGCUUCCUUGGGGUUUCACUUAAACAUUUCUCGCUGUGGUGACACAGAGAGCAGGCACUGAUUUAGUUACUUGCAGUUAAAUAAAGCCCCAAGUUAAAAAACCCUCAUUUCUUUCAUCCGCCCUGCAUUCCAAACCCAUAAAACGCAAGUUUAAAAAUAAGAAAAAAAAAAAAAGCCACUUUUUAGAUUUUAUAGGCAUGGCAAGAGUCGGGUUGCUCAGGGUGAUAACACUGCUGAUCUGUUGAUGCCUGGGGGAGAGCAGAGGGUCAUUUUUUGGGGCUGGACUUGGGAUUUUGUGAGGUGCCGUGGUGCUGAUGAGAGGGUGUUCGAUGGUGGGUUGUUUUUUUUUUUUGGCGGACAGGCUGCACUGUCUGGGAUCCAUCUCAACCAAGUCCCAGAGCCGGCAGAGGGCAGCCAGAGCACAAAUUCCUCCAUCAAGCAGAAAAUCUCCAGCUAAACCCCGUCUCCGUCUCCUAUAUCCGUGUCUCACAUCCGACAGCGGGGAUGCCAGGAAAGACCAACAGCCCCAUUUUUACACGUUAUCCAAUACAACAUGGCUCUGCCAUCAGAAGGUUUUUGAUCUUCUCUCAGUCCGAGCCCCAAACCAGCACAAAUGAGACCAUUUCUCUGUGUGCCCAACAUCUGUGCAACUGAUGUCACCGGUGCUUAGCGGUUUUGUUUGUGAGGGCGUUGCAAACCAGCUGGAGAAAGAGGGGUUUUCUUUUUAACCGAAAGUGCUUAAAAAGCCACAAAUCGAGAGCAGAAAAUAGCAAGAGCAUCUGAGAUGAUGUUUAAUGCUUUCCUGAUGAAAAAAGGGAGCUGAUAGAAACCAGCAGCCAUACGCUUCUAGGUUGCAUUGUACAAUGGCUCUCCGGCAUGUGCUGUAUUUAUGAAUGAAGGGGUUAAUGUAUGGUUAAGGUAUGCACUGCAGUCUGGUGGGCUGGCUGAUUAACCACACCAACCCUGAAACUAUUUCCUGCCAGCUCUCCCCAUCUACAAAGCCUAUUACUCAAUGUUCGUUAAUGUGCGUCCAGGGCACAUCCAUCAGGUCAUAAUUAGCUAUAAACUUAUUUAUAAAUAGGAUGUUAAUGUAAAGUUGCGGUCUGCCCAGUCACUUAAGUAGGUGGCUUUGGGUCUGGCUGGGUGCAGACCCCGUGUCCCACGCUGGGGAAGUCCCAGGCUCAAAGUCAGCUCUCGCUUUCCAAACCCUCUCACUCUUUGGAGAAAAACAGGCAGCAAAAACAUUGCUAAAAAAGUAAAAAGAUGUGGGCAGGCUUGGCAGUGCCAAAGAGAGCGGUGAAGGGAAACCCCAGAGAGCAAAGGGCUGCCUGUUUUUUGGCAAUGUGGGUAUUUUUGCAAGAGAGGUUUUCGGGGAGCAUAGAAAUGCUGAUGCUGAGCAGCACUCUGGAUGAGUUAUUGCAUUACACGCUGUCUUAAGCCCCCUGUGCAGCACCCAUGGGUGCUCAGCAAGCUACACCACCCCUCUGCAGAGCUAAUGGUCGGCUACUUCCCCUGCAGAGCAAGCCAGGAUGGGUGCACCAGGACUGUGGCAAUUUUUGCUUGGUGGUAGGCAGGGAAAGGAUUUUAUCGACGUGAAGCCCUGGGAGAAGACCCUGGAGGGUAAGGAAAAGGACAAGGCACAGCUGGAGAGUUUGAUGGUGCAGCAAAGGGACACAGGAGUGGUCAGAUUAGGCAUAAUUUUCCAGGAGUGGAGGCUAGCAAGGGACAGGGAUGGAUGGUCAGGGAGGUUAAGAGAAUAAAAGACUGAUUGAAGCUGUUCUCUUCUUGGCUAAGCAUUACAAGUUGAGGCACAGGGAGCAUCGCUAAGCCUGAAAAGCACGGCCCUGUGUUUUCCCCCAGGAGGAUCUCGAGGAAUUUUCAGUAUCGGCCGAGCAGCGUGGAGGAGAUUUUGCAGGAGUGAGGCUGUGGGAGCCAGGUCCCAUCCUGCUGCCAAGCAAGCCCACAUCAGCUGCAAUGGCUCAGCCCAUCCCUGGGCUCCUUGCCCCACUGCAGGCGCUUUUGCAAGCACCCAGAUCUGCCAGCAAAACCAAAACAAACACAAAGCAAACACGGAGCAACACGAAGAUCCUGCUCUGCCCUGGG